CUUCGAAUAAUAAUUGGCGGUGACUUCAAUGCCAAAUCACCAUUUUGGGGAUCACAAAUUCAAAAUAAAAGAGGUAAUCAACUUUUAGCAACAUUAUCCGAAAAUGAUCUAUUCAUCAUGAAUAAAGGCAAUAGUCCAACAUUCGAAACAUUACGUGGUACAAGAAUUAUACGAUCAAAUAUCGAUAUUACAUUGACUUCCAAAAAAAUCGUCGACAAUAUUAUCGAUUGGAAUGUUUUGAAAAACAUUAAAAUAAGUGGUGAUCAUCUUCCAAUUCGAUUUGAUUAUAAUAAAAAUUUGUCAUCAAAAAAUAAUCAUCAUCGGAAUGACCAACAAUUGAUUACAACUGUUAAAUGGAAUACAACGAAUGUUGAUUGGAAUGAAUGGGCAAAAAAUAUUAAACAGGAAUUAAUAUUGGCCAACAUUCAUGAUGUAAACAUAAUCAAAAAUAUUGAAAAAGAAGAAAAUCUAGAUUAUGUUAUUUCACAAUUGAAUAAUAUUUUAACAAAAAUUAAUAAUAAAAUGUUACCUCGUUAUAAAGUGAAUAUACUACAUGAAAAACAAGAAAAAAAAGAAUCGAAAAUUUUCAAAAAUGAUU